CGGGAUGUUUCGGAAUUUUUUUUGCGGGUUGAGAUUUUUGUUCGCCUACAGGUUUCUGCUCGGAUAGGAUAGGACAGGGACAGGACACAAGACCACAUCUGGAUGAGGACUCAAGGUAACAGCAAACACCUAACACUGCUCUUGACAAAUGCACUGUCACGCUCAGCAUCUUUCCUCCAGCAGCAUCGACACCUGGAAGGACUACACACUCUUUAUAACAGCACAGAUGUGUCCGACAGCUCACACAUACUGUAGCACAGGUUGAGCAGAAAUAAGACGUUCCGGCCACAAGCCUGGAUGGUGAGAAGAGGCUAAAGAGUGCGCGGGCUUGGCUAAUGGAAGACAUACUGUCCUGGAUCAGAGUGAAACAACGGCAUCCACACGAUCCAUCAAGCCACUGAGAAAAGUCGAAGCCAUUUGUUGCGGUUUACGUCACUUUAAUUCGAGUUUGGAAUUUGUGAGAAAAACAGCCUCUUUAGCAUCCUUCCUCCUCAAAGCAGAAAGAGAACGUUAUUGUACUGUGAACGCCCGUUAGCAACUCCUCUACUCUCUGAGGUAUACACAGUGCUGCUCUAGAUACACACACACCGCCCUCACAUGGGAGUGACAUAGGAGCCAGUCCACACCGACAUCCCGGCUUCUCUCAACUUGUCUUUCUGUCACACUCCCAUACAUUUCUAUAAACUCGCACACUUGUAUCACGUACACUCACCCAGGAUGCCUUCCUCCUCCUGCAUCGUUGGCUGGAGAAGGAAGCAGCCUUUGUGGUGACCGGAGACGGGAGUGAGGCGGCAUCCAUGUCGUGGAAGCGGAACUACUUUGCGUCUGGCAGCAGCGGGCUGCAGAGCAUUUCUAGCCCGCGCACCAUGAACUCCAUCGCUCCCAGCAAAGGGCUGAGCAAUGAGCCGGGCCAGAACAGCUGCUUUCUCAACAGCGCACUGCAGGUACUUUGGCACCUUGACAUCUUCCGCAGAAGCUUCCGGCAACUGACCACACACAAGUGCAUGGAGGACUCGUGCAUCUUCUGCGCUCUUAAGAGCAUCUUUGCCCAGUUCCAGUACAGCAGUGAGAAGGUACUGCCCUCGGAUGCCCUGCGCAGCGCUCUGGCUAAGACGUUCCAGGAUGAGCAGCGCUUCCAGCUGGGCAUUAUGGACGACGCUGCUGAGUGCUUUGAGAACCUGCUCAUGCGUAUCCACUUCCAUAUUUCCGAUGAGACGAAAGAGGACAUCUGCACAGCCAAACACUGCAUCCCACACCAGAAGUUCGCUAUGACGCUAUUUGAACAGUGUGUGUGUAACAGUUGUGGAGCUACUUCGGACCCUCUUCCCUUCAUCCAGAUGGUGCAUUACAUCUCCACCACAUCUCUCUGUAACCAGGCCGUGCGAAUGCUUGAAUGCAGGGAGAAGCCGACCCCGGACAUGUUUGGGGAGCUUCUGCGCAAUGCGAGCACCAUGGGAGACCUGCGUAACUGCCCGAGUAACUGUGGAGAAAUGUUGCGCAUUCGCCGUGUUCUGAUGAAUUCUCCUGAGAUCAUCAGCAUCGGCCUGGUGUGGGACUCGGACCACUCGGACCUGGCCGAGGAUGUCAUCCACAGCCUGGGCACAUGCUUGCGUCUGGGGGAUCUAUUCUACCGAGUGACGGAUGACCGGGCCAAGCAAUCAGAGCUCUACCUGGUGGGCAUGGUGUGUUACUAUGGCAAGCAUUACUCCACGUUUUUCUUCCAGACUAAGAUACGCAAGUGGAUGUACUUCGAUGACGCCCACGUCAAAGAGAUUGGGCCCAAGUGGAAAGAUGUGGUUUCGCGGUGUAUAAAGGGCCAUUACCAACCCCUGCUCCUGCUCUAUGCUGACCCCCGUGGGACGCCUGUGGCAUCACAGGAUAUGCCCGCUGCUCAGCUGGAACUGCAUCACUGCAGCAAGGCUGGUUAUGACAGCGAAGACUCCGGGAGGGAGCCGUCCAUCUCCAGCGACACGCGCACAGACUCUUCUACAGACAGUUACAGUUAUAAGCACUCGCGCUCGCACCACGAGUCCAUGGCCUCCCAUUUUUCCUCAGAUUCUCAGGGAACUGUGGUGUGCAAUCAGAACAGCAGCGGCUCACAGAACAGCAUGGACUCUGCAGGUGAUGUCCUGAAAGAAAAGGCAGCUCCUCAGUCCCCACCACGGCCAUCCGCCGUAGGACGACUGCCUGAUAAAGUGGGUUCGGGUGCUGGCGGAUCCGAAGCCACGCCACAUGCCAGGGACUGGGAGGAUGAGAGCACCAGCAGUGAGUCCAAGUCCAGCUCCAGUGGGGGACGCUACAGGCCGUGCUGGAGGCCGAGGAGAGAAGCGCUGAACAUCGACAGCAUCUUCAACCGGGAUAGGCAACAGCUCGGCUCGAGUCCACUCCCCGAAGAUGCCAUCCCUCAGACGCCAAACGACUCCUUCCCUGGAAUAGAACCAGAUGUCAUGGACUCCACAGAUACGCAGCCCGGGGAUAUAAUAAGAGGCGAGUCUAACAUAGGAAUGGGACACCUUCCAGUCCCAUCCGCUCCACGCGGCGUGGCUCAGCCACCAAGGUUAAUCCAGAGGAUGGAAAGCGGCUAUGAGAGCAGUGAGAGGAACAGCAGCAGCCCCAUCAGCAUGGAUAUGCCUCUCAAUGAGAACCUCAGCACCAGUGCACCCAGGGAGGCCAGCAGUAAAAGGCAGAUGACGUCAGGGCCAUCCUGGCGAACGGUGCCAAAAUCCAAGAGCAGCAGUGCCAUUUUACAAGACGCGCGAUCACCCAGCUGGAGCAGCAGCCCUGUAAAUCUGGGGGAGGGCCGCAGUGAGCUUGAUGAGCUGCAGGAGGAGGUAGCACGCAGAGCAAGGCAGCAGGAGCUCCAGAGAAAGAAGGAAAAAGAGAGAGAGGCAGCCAUGGGCUUCAAUCCCAAACCCAGCAAGUUUAUGGACCUGGAUGAACUCCAACACCAGGCUAAACUAAGAUUUUCCAUGCAUGAGGGCAGUGCUAACACUCAUAGCAGGACUAUGGCUGCUGACGCCAAGCUGCAAAAAUGCAUGAGGAGAGCUCGAGGCCUACAACAGCGCAUUCAGCAGCAACAACAACAGCAAGAGCAGCCGCAGGAGCCCGGCCGCCCACAGGGGCCACGCAGUGAACAGCCUGGCUCGGUCCAAAUACUGCUGACAGACAAUCAGGAGGAGGUCUGGGAAGUCAAUCAAGACGCAUCCCUUGGCCCGCCGCCUCCUGCCCAGAUGAAUCCACUCACCUCUAAUUCACUUUCUGCUUUGAAACGCCCGUCACUUAACACUCCCCACACUCCCAUACCUCAGCCAUGGCCAGAAGACCCGACUCAAGGAAGUGAUCAGUCACUGAAAGCCACAGAAUACGAUGGUGUGAAACUUUCCGAUGUCCUGCAGGCCUCAGGCGGGCAGAUCCGACCCAUCCAUAAGCACCUGGCCAUCUCUCUGCCAUCUCUUCCCCUGAAAUUCUGGGGUGUUCUGGAUGAAGAUGAAGAGCUUUCCCAACACCAGCCUCCUUUAGCUUCCUCCACUACAUCCCCUGCUUCAUCCCUAUGGAGGGGCACUUCUGACACCCCCCAUCCUAAUGUAGCAAACACAUUGCCUCAGCCUGAGAAGAGUGUACAGGAACACCCCAGAGCCCCCAUCUGGCAACCCUUACGCAAUCCUCCCUUUCUCCCGUCACCCGUGUUAUCGCGCUCCAGCCCCAGACACGCCCCUCCUCCUGUCACAGCUCGUCAUUGGUCCUCGUGGAGCCUGGACCGCCCUGAUGCCGUGGUCACGCCUCAUGAGACCCCACCAGAUCAGAGCCACCUCAUUAGACCCACUGUCUCUCCACGCUCACAUGGAUGGAAUGGUCCACCCCAUAGUCCAAUGAGCUCCAGGAACAAGAAUAUCAAAAAGUUUGCCAGCUCUCAGUUUGAGCCAAAACUAGAGGCUGAGGCUGCAGAGAACGAGGAGAAGGAGCUUUCAGAGCUGGACUCGCUGUACCAGGCUAGUCUUCGAGCAGGCCGUCGUCAAAGCCCGGCCGCUGGGAAACCAGGAGUGACUCCAGCAGCUCGGCAGUUCCUCUCUGGGGUGGGACGCUCACAGACCCCUACGGCUGAGCUGGAAAGAACUGCAUUUGGAGCACCAGGCUCUCGCAGCUCCAUUGCACACACAUACAUGCCUGCGGAUGAUGAGCGGUAUGAUCCCGAUCACCUGCGCCGCAUCGCUCGCAGUCUGAGUGGAACCGCAGUUGGACGUAGACAGGACCGUCUUGCCGUCUCUCGCAGCUUUGACGUGUCCAGAGGGUCGCCAAGUUUCUGGCUGUGUCUAACCGGGGUCAAGCUUGGUCCUGUCCACCAGUGAAAUGUGACAGAGCUGUGCCACUGGUGUCCUGGGCAGUAGUCUCCUUGGUGUCCUAGGCCCACCUACAACACCCUCCAUCUUUAUGAUCCCUGCUCGGAUCCCUGCACAUACAAAUAAAUAAAUAAAUGCUAGAAUGUUGUAACAGAGAUUAAUCCCAAUGACCCUAGCUUUUAGCUACACUAGCCUACUGGAGCACUAGCAGCUCUGGAGGGCUGGAUCCCUCUUGAAGCCCAAAAUGUAGCUGUAGGUAUCCCACCUCUGUUUCUCAGACCAUGAUGGGCUCACAUCAUUUCUUUUCCUCAUGUGAUGUGUUCCCUACUGUGUCUUCCUUAACUGUUUCCUCUCUUUAACUUGUUCCCAUUCAGAGUGUGGUGGGCUGCUCUGCCUUUGUCAAUGUUCAUGUAUAAUGGAUCUGGGUCAGCCUCUGUUUCCUGCCUCUGUCCUGCAUAGCGGUGUUUUAAAGUGUGAUAGAGUGUGGAGUGUGUUUCUUUCCUGUCCACAGCAUGGUGAAGGGAGGGACAGAGCUUAUUUUCUUCCUUGUUCAGUUGACUGUUAGGGAUAAUGUGAUGGACUGAGUAGGUGUGUGUGCGCGUGUGUGUGUGUGUGUGUCGCUAACAGCAUGCUGUGGUACAAGAAAGGCUUUGAGCCUUGGCCCUCCCGCAGCGAGCCGUCCUACCCGAGCACUUAACUUAAUUAAACGCACUGCGUGGAGCUGUAAAGCUGGCGAGAUCCAGCAGCAUCCUGGAUAACUUUCCAAUAUCUCUGAGGUCUAUUUAGCUACUGCACAUAAUUAACGUACGUGUGUGUGUGCGUGUGUGUGUGUGUGUGUGUGUGUGUGUGUGUGUAUUUAACACUUAGUGAGGCCAAAUGUCCCCAUGAUGAUAUAAAUACAGCAUUGACAGUAUUAGUAUUAACAUGCUAACAUUGUGUGGACAUUUGGUCAUCUUUUUGUUUUUUUUUUCAAUAUGAAUGCAGCUUUUCUUUGAAAAACUAAAAAAAGUCAAAAUAUUUCCUUUUGGAUACUGAAGUUAAGGUUAGGAUUAGGUUUAGAUGUAGCAUAGCAUUAUUUAGCUACAAACAUUACUAUACAAGUUAAUGGAAAUAACCCACUUUUGUGUGUGUGUGUGGGCGAGAGCGUUGGGGAGGCCAUCCAUCUUCAGCAACGCCCAGUGUACAAACCCACUAUGAGCUCCAGCAAACCCACCACAGCGCAUCCUUUCCUCUGACAUUUUUUUUAUUUUCUUUCACUUUCGUUUUAGAACGAACUGACUCACUUUUUUGUCAGGUGAUGACAAGUAGCUCAUAGUUUGUACUGAUUUAUUGACUUACACACAUACUUAUACACCCUGUAAAAAGAGAACAGUUGAAGGAGCUGUACUUGGGUUUUUUGUUUGGUUGUUUUUUUGGGUUUCUUUUGUAUUUCUUCAUUUCUCAGCUCUGGCGUUUGGUCAGAGCAUGCAUGUAUCCGUGCAGCCCUAGUGUGGAGAGCGGACGGGACUAACUCGACCUUUUCUUCCUCUCGUAAUGGGCAUUCCCUGUAGCACACACCUAUUUUCUGUCUAGUGUUACAGGCAAAGACUGCUUCACUCCUUUUGACUGAAUAUACACUAAUCAAUGAAUUUAUUGUAAAAGGAAAAAAAAAACCAUGAACACUAUGAAAUACAGAUUAUCCAGAGGAAUGGAGAAACUCUACUUUAUGACGUUAUGGAAUGUUAAUUCAUUUUAGUGGUUCUAGUUACUAUCUGCAUUAAGACGAGUAUAGUACACUUCAGAAGUGUAAAGCCGGAGUCAAACUGCUCUUUGAAUUCUAUUGACGGUUCUCCCAUUUGUAUCGGGAGAUAUGCCAAGUUAAGCUUUCUUUAUAUUUCUUUUGUAACCUGCAUUGACUCUGAUAACGUAGCUAUGAGGCUGAUACAACAUAGUCGAGUAUAUGUAGUCAGUGCAUCUGGCCGAGAGAAGGGUCACAGUCAUUCCAUGUAGUUUUAGUAAACAUUUCUUGAGCAAAAUUUUGAUUCGAUUAUAAAAAACAAACAGGUUAAAGGAUGUUUGGCCCUCAGAGCUACGAAAAUGUAGCAGAAAUAACUUGAAGCCCUUGUAAGUUUCAACAAUUUAUGAACAUUUUGCACAAGAGGUAC